UUUGAGGACACCUAAAAUUGAAAAACAAUAAAUAAAUAAAUCAAAAACUCUAUAGAAUGCACAGCUUAUUGUUGUCGUAACGACAGAUACUCCAGUAUCUGUCGUGGAACAAUGUACCUCCUUCAGGGUUACCAUUGCUCUCUGUCCUGCCUCUCUGAUUAAUGCCGUCCUUACCAGCUGGCCUGAGUUGUGUGAGCAUUGCUGCAGGAAUCAUCCAUGUUUUUGGAUUUGAGGGCAGAGAUGUAAACAUUUCCUGCUCAUAUAAUCAAGGGUAUGAACGUUACGAAAAAUACCUUUGUAAGAAUGACUGUGAUUACAGUGAUGUUCUUAUUACAACAUUAAAAAAAGAAAAAGGCAAUUACUACAUUCAUGAUGACACAAGAAGAAGAGUCUUCACAGUGACCAUCUCUGAUCUUCAUUUUGAUUAUGCUGGGAAAUACUGGUGUGGUGUGACCAAAAGAGGAAAAGAUCUCUACACUGAGGUAAAGCUGGAAGUAAGAAAAGACAGAUGCUGCAACACUGUGAGUAAAAUCCAAAGUAUUGAGGAAGGUUCAGUGUCCAUCAGCUGUCCGUAUGACUCUGAGUCUGUCAACAACCUGAAGUACAUCUGCAGAGGAAACCGUCCCUCCACAUGUCUACAGCAGGCAGUAAUCACCUCUGACACCAAACAAAAAGGACGACUCAGCUUCAACAGUGACACAAACACAAGUAUAUUCAAAGUGACUAUUUCCAAACUGACCCUGAGGGAUUCUGGGCCAUAUCUUUGUGGUGUACAGAGAAACUCAGGAGUAGAUGUUUUCUCUGCUGUUGAGCUGGAGGUCAAAAAAUUGGAGUUAUUCCACAUCAGUGGCAUCGUGGGACAUCCAGUGACUCUGCAGUGUCCCAAUCCACCAGAACAGCGCGAUAAAAAGAUGUUCCUCUGUAAAGGAGACCAACACAACAACUGCACAGACAUAAUGGAAAAUCGAAGAAAGUUCAUGCUGCACAAUGUUUCCUCCAGCUGUUUCUCUGUGACCAUCACUGACCUGGAAGCAGCUGAUGCAGGAACAUACUACUGUGGUUCAGACUCUCAGCUGAGCUACAUAAAGAUACAGCUGACAGUUGUCUCUACAGAUCAAAGCAGCACUGUGUCUCCGAUCAUCACUGAUGAGCAGAUUACAUCUCUGACAACAUCCCCACAUCUGACUGAUGUGACUUUAUUUUACAUUCUGCCUGCAGUCCUCGCUCUGCUGUUGAUCCUGGUAUUUCUCCUUUGGAUGGUUUUAAAAUACAAAUCAAGGAGCAAGAAAGUGGAUGGAGUCGGACUGAAUGUGUUGAACUCAGAUGUGGGGAUGAUCAGUAAUGAUAUACAUGAAUUACAAGAGAAUGCGUUUUACAUGAACAUUUCCAGUCCACCAAACAUGUCGAAUCAUCAUGAUAUCUACAACAACAUCCUUUACAGGAACAACCUGUCACAAUUAGGAAACAUGUGACCAGAGCUUUCAACAUCUUAUUUAACAGCUAAACCAGCCAAAUGCUUCUUUUUUCAUUUAGAUGUUUGAGUUUUUUCAAAUGUGACUUAAGUGUGUUAAAGCUACAGCAAAGUGAAGACACAAACACCAAAAAAAAUCACAAUGAAUACAAAUAAAAAUAGUGGCUUCAGCUGCACACUGAAGAUCAUGCUAUUUGUUAGUUGUUUCACAAUAUGUUCCUUUUGUGUGUCUGAAACCAUGAAGGAAUUUCAAAGUUUCAAAGAAUUUACACAUAAAACCAAAAUUUAUACCCCUGGCAGAUUUAGGUUUAAAGUGAUCAUUUAACAACAUUUUCCUUCUGACUAGAAGUUAUUUGAACAUUUCGAGUUUCCCAGUCAGAAUCUUGACUUGGAUCUUUAGACAGCUAAAGAUUAGGGUGAUGGCAAGGAGUCCUUCCAACCUCAAACGCUUGGGGCUCAGUGCAGAA